AUGAAUGAACUCAAGAAGAAAUACACCCAUAUGCAAGACAAAGGAUUUUACAUGACCAGCGAUGGAGAACAUCCAAUUCAUAUCAUCCUCGGUGAUGGCACAUACAGCAGAAUUCGAACUGAGAAAGUUUACAAAGGUAAUCCUGGAGAUCCUUUGGUGGAAGAGACAACAUUCGGAUGGGUUGUUCAUGGUGGUGAGAAUUAUUCGAGCGAUGCUUGUAUGUACACUAGAGAGGUUAACGAUUACGAACAGUUAUAUAGUCUUGAUGUUCUCGGAGUUGAAGAUCGUGGUGAAAAUGACCAAAUGCAAGUGCUUGCUGAGUUUCGAGAGAACAUAACUAGACAAGAUGAUGGCAGAUACAAAGUCAGCAUACCAUGGAUUCCAGGGAGUAAGUUAACAACCACAAACGAACAGCCAAGCAGAAGACGACUGAGCAACGUGAACAAAAAGUUGGCGAAAGAUGAAAACCUGAAGCAAGAGUAUGAGAAGAUUAUCGAGGAUCAGUUAGCAAGCGGUGUGAUUGAGAAAGCCCCGGACGAGCCAUCAGGAGAGCGAGUGUACUACAUGCCACAUAAGCCAGUCGUAAGGCAAGAUGCAUCAACCACCAAAGUGCGAAUGGUUUUUGACGCGAGCUCCAAACCCCAUCCACUGGCAUCCAGUAUCAAUAAUUGUAUGUUUACUGGGCCUUCCCUCCAACCGCUGUUGUGGGAUAUCAUGGUACGAGCAAGAAUGUCGUCAAAUCUGCUUCUUGCAGACAUUCAGAAAGCUUUCUUGCAGAUAGCAAUCAAAGAAGAAGACAGAGAUGCUUUCAGAUUUCUCUUUGAACGCGACGAGAAAGAGGAACAUUUUCGGUUCGCGAGAGUUCCAUUCGGGGUUGAAGCCAGUCCAUUCUUACUCGGUGCGACAUUGGAAUACCACUACGACCAGCAAUCACCAGAAUUAGAGGAAACAGUGACUGCCCUUAGAGAAAACACGUAUGUGGACAAUAUUAUGCAAACGGGAAGUGACAUUGAUAAGUUGGAGAAGUUCAAGAAAGAAAGUCAAGUUGUUCUUGAGAGUGCAAGAUUACCAAUUCACAAGUGGGAGUCGAACAUCGAGGCAUUAGAGGAUGAGAACAUGCAAAAUCCUAGCAAAAUUCUUGGUCAUGUAUGGGACAAGCGAGCAGAUACUCUGGAAAUACAAGUACCAGCAUUACCCGAGACUAAUUCAGUUACGAAACGAAGUAUCUUGAGUCAGCUUGGCAAAGUGUACGAUCCAUUGGGAAUAAUGUCACCCACGAUAACCGAAGGAAAACACAUUUAUAGAGAGGCUUGUGAAGAAAAAAAAGGAUGGAAUGCUGAAGUUUCGCCAGAAUUGAAGAAACAGUGGCACAAAUGGAACAAACAACUAAAGAACGUGGAAGUACCGAGGAGCUUAACAGGGAAUUCAAAAGAAACGAAGGGUAUAGAACUCCACGUGUUCGCCGACGCAAGUAACCUCGCGUGUUCUGCAGUAACCAUAGCGGUAGUUGAACAUUCUUCUGGAACGAUCAAAGGGUUGCUUACAUCGAAAUCCCGGAUUUCAAAAAGAAACACGUCGAUACCCAGACUCGAACUCGUAGGAGCUCACAUGGCUGCGAAUAUGGCGAAGAAUUUACAUAAUGCUCUUAAACGACAACCUAUCAAGACCAUCGUGAUCUGGUUAGAUAGCAUGGUGGUACUUUACUGGUUAACCAAUCCAGGAAAACCUUGGAAAACGUUUGUUUCCAAUCGAAUCAAGAAGAUAGCUGAGAUAACCAGCGAGCUCGGUAUCGUUUGGAAGCAUUGCCCGUCAAAUAAGAAUCUUGCUGAUCUAGGCAGCAGAGGAGCAACCAUGGAAAGAUUGAAAAACGGAAGCUGGUUCAACGGUCCAGGUUGGUUAUUAGAGAAAGAACAAUGGCCAGAACAACCAAUUUUAAAAGUAACUACAUCUGUCAAUCAAGAAUGCAAACCGAUUAAAGAGCAAGCACUGUUUACGAAAGAACGAGAGCCAGACGAAUGGGACGCUUUGCUAGAUAGAAAUACAUACUGGCGUACACUGCGUGGGUGUUGA